CGGAAGAGAUUCUUGUGUCCUACAGACCAAAGAAAGAAUCAGCAGGAAUGCCCAGGGUGAAUGAUGGAUUGCAGAGCCUGACUGGCACAUUUUGUGCCCUCCCCGCCUCCAAAUUGCCUCAGUUACAAAUCGGAAGGCAGGCUUGGUGACCAGGACUGGCAAGCACAUUUUAAAGUCCCAUGCUGUGGAGUUGAUCCAUCUCAACUUGAGUCAGAAGAGGCAGAAGUGGAUGUGAGAGAAAGAGACACACAGAGAGACAGAGAGCCAAAGAGGGCAAGAGACUUGACUUUAAGAGACUCCUGUACUGACAACUCCAUGCAGUUCGGAACCAGAACGACUGAGGCUGGACCAGGGUUCAUGGGGACAUGGCAAAAUGCUGAUACUAACCUCUUAUUCAGAAUGUCCCAACAGGCCUGUCACCCUGGCUACUAAAGAAUCCUCAGACUUCAGUGGUUGGCUUACCAACUGCAGUCUUCAGUUUGGUAUUUAGUGCCAAGAAGGAAAGUGAUCAUUUCACAUCCAUUGAUUGGUUCUCGAUUCCAGGCUGCACUGUAAAUAACUCAACAAAAAUCCAGUGGGAGGCUUUUCAGCAGGUUUAAUAGACGACAAUGAUCUCUAUCGUUGGGAAGUCCUUAUUAUUGGUCCUCCAGAUACACUUUAGUGCCCCUGGAGGCCUGAAGAAGGCACUGGAUCCCUGAAAUUGGAGGACCAGGCAGCUGUGAGCUGCCACAUGCAGAUGCUGAGAACUGAGCCUUUGCAAGAGUAUGAAGGUGGUGUUUUUAAGGCUUAUCUCAUUUUCCCAAAAGAUUAUCCCCUCCAGCCUCCUAAAAUGAAAUUCAUUACAGAUAUUUGGCCCCCAAAUGGCAAGCUUCCUCUGAUUUGGAACAAAAUAAAAACAGGCUGGUCUUCCCUUGUACCUGACACAGGCAAAUUGAGCUGGCCCAGACAGCAGAGCUCUGUAAGGAAAAACAGUGGCUCUGUCAGCAACCAUGGCACAGGAAGGUCACCUUUUCAUCCUGGUGCUAACAUCCAGCUGGAGUGGCAGUAUUACCAAAAUAAAAUCCUGAAAGGAGAAGCAGGUACACAUGAGUGUUUAAAAGCCAUGAAAGAGACCCUUAUGGAGGAAAAUAACCUCACCCAGGAAGUGGCCAUCAAUCAGGAAGAAGCUGUCCAUUGGAAAGCUGUGGUCAUUCAGGAAAAGCCCAUUUCUGAUGGCCAGCCUCAGGGUGCAAGCUGAGCUUCCCCUCAAACCUGGCAAUACCACUGCAAGGGCAGGAGGAAGACAAUCAUGAACGGCCUCCAAAAUCUCUGCUGCUGCUGCCGUUCUCCCACAAGAACCCUGCUCCAAGGAAAGAAGCUGGAUCCUGGAGUCCUUCCCAGGAUCAGGCCACCAUUCGCCUUAUCAACCGGAAGUCAGACACCCCACCAAGUUCCACACUGUGUGAGAAUGAUGGCUAUUGUGACCAGGGUGAAUCUAGAGACCCUUCUGAUGAGCAGCAACCUGCUGUGCAGCUGGAGUCCAGUCUCAUCUCAGCUGCAAGUCUCUACCUGGAGCCUGCACUCAGCUGGACACAUCUGAAGAUUGCUUCCAUUCCUUUGAGUGUGUGCACAUUUCUUGUUCUUGCCCAGGUAAGCAGGUGUGUUCUGACUAGCAGCUGUGGAGCUAACCUCAUGUAACUUCUCUAUGCUUCAUGAUGGACAGAAGAGAAGGCACAAGUGACUACAAGCCUGAGCCCAAACAUGCAGCAGAGGGAAGUGGCAAGAUGGGGCUUCAUUCUGCUGUUUCAACAUUUAGUGCCCUCUCUCCUUGGGCAAUCUCACCUGACU